AUGAAAGUGGACAUGCAUCAAGCGGAGCAAUGGCCGAGUCAGAGGCUUCUGGGUUCAAGGGCCCCUCAAAGCAAUGACAAUGAGCUAUCAUGGACGAGCGUCCUCAACUCGGAGGAGGAUCCAUGGCUCUAUGACCAGAUACUAUUCGGCCGCAGGACGUUUCCGGUUGCUGGAUACGUGGCAAUCGCGGGCGAAUGUAUGCGACAGUUGUCAGACUCGAAGUUGGAGUUCUUCUCUACGAAGGAUCUCUCCAUUGGCUCUUCCCUCGUUUUCGAUCCAGACGACAAGCUUGAACUUCACACGACGCUUCGACCACAGCGCCUGGACGAGGAAAAUCGACAGUGGUAUGAGAUCGAGAUAGCUUCCCGUAAUGGAGGCCAAUCGACCGCGCUGUGUACCGGUCUGGUAGCAAGGGAGGUUCUCGACACACAAAUAUUGCCAGAUCUUACUCGACACGGAGAUUCCAACUGGCCAGUCAGUCCAGACUACUGGUAUGACAUGGUCGCAGAUCGCGGCAUCGAGUAUGGCGCCUCACAGCGAGGCCUCAACGAUAUCUCAGUCGACUUCACGGAGAACAAAGCGAGUGCCACGAUUCUGCCCGCGCUCGACACAACGGAUUCUGUCGCUCAUCCAGUCUUCAUCGACCACUGUUUGCAACUCUCGAUGGUCGCAGCUUGCAAGGGCCAAGGUCGGCUCUUGGCCGAUCUGUCUGUUGUCACAUCGAUCCAGCACCUUGUCGUUUCCAACAACGCGUGGAGCAAGCUCAGAGUCAACAGCGUGGUGACCCCAGGCCGUCUUCAGAAUUUGACGUGCAACUUUUCUGCUGUGAAUGAAAAUGGUCUCCCGAUCCUGAGUGGACAGUGCAACAUCACUCCAAUCCCCGACCUGGAACGGCAAUCAGACGGCAAGCUGUUUUCUUUCAUCAACUGGGCCACUGAUUCCACCUUCCACAACUUGAAUCAAUCUUUGGCACCCUUUCAGUCAGAUCUAGACUCGACUGUUGCCCUCGAGCGCUUAGCUCUACUCUAUGCGCUGCGGUCAGAGGAUAUUGGCGCACAAAGCCAACCGUACUCGAAGAAAAUUCUGAAGAAGAUUGGCACCAAGAGAAAGGGAAGAUUCGGUCUAGUACCCGAUGUGUCUCCUUUUGUUGGGUGCGGGCCCAGCGGCCGCGCAGAGCUGAUUAAAUUGCUCAAGGCUCAAAUCAGCGGCACGGAACUCUCCUCCCUUGGUCAUGCAUUGGAGAGGUGUCUCACAGAAAAUACGCCGUUCUCGGGGAGCAACAGAGAGAGACAGCUGCUACUUGAUCAAUUGCAUCCACUCAUUCGCAACAGUGGGACGCUAUGCGAGUCACUUCGGCUCCUAGCUUAUAAGAACCCGAAGAUGAACGUCCUCGAACUCGGAAGCGGCAGGAAAGACAGCUCAAAUCUCGUGCUUAAAGCUCUACGAACACAAUUUGAUGAGCAAUUGUAUUCCUCUUACCUGUCAGCUUCGGCGUCACUGGACGCUACGACCGGCCCAAAGGAGAGUUCCAGGACAAACGGCCAUGUUCAGCCGCUGGUUUUUGACGCCGAGAAAAGCAUUGAAGAGCAAGGAUUGAAGGCGGGAUCCUAUGAUCUCAUAAUCAUCACAGAUGUUGCGGCAUUGGGGAGCAAUGCAGCGCUUGGCGCAAAAAGCCUCAAACGACUGAUUCGUCCUCAAGGGCAUGUCCUACUGCUAGAGGGCGUUCCAGAGCCGGAAUGGUUACUGGUACUGAAGGACUACUUGACCAAAGAGUCUCCAGAGGCGUCAACGGGGUCUAAAACCAAGUCUUCCUUUGAAGAUGUGUCUGCGGCACUGACAAAGAAUGGUUUCGUAUUUGAAGAUCCGGAUAAUAAAUUGACCUCAGCACCCAAAGUUUUUGCUAGACUGAAACAACCUGUGCCCGAAACUUCUUCGGAAAUCACAGUGGUCGGUCCGACAUAUCAUCUCCCUCUCAUUCGCGAAGUUGAGAAGACCUUCGGGGACCAUAACAUCAAGUGCGUCAAAAGCACGAUGGAUGAUGACAUACCGCCUGGCCGAGACAUCAUGGUGUUUGUCGACUUUGACGAGCCAUAUGUGUACAACAUCACAGAAGCUGAACUGUCGAAAUUUGUUAAGCUUGUCUCAGGCAUGAAAGGCAAAAUGAUCUGGGUUACCCCAAGUGCGCAGAUCUACUGCAAGAAUCCGAACUCCUCACUGAUACUCGGCCUGAUGAGAACAAUGAGAUCUGAAUUCAAAAAGGACAUUACCACGGUGGAACUGGAUCCGAAGCGCACGAUGAAUGUCAGCCUGAGCAAGUCGCUCCUCCAAAUAUACGAAGGCCUCAGCCGUCGCGGCAAGUCAAAAGACCUCGACCCUGACUACGAAUACGCGAUUGUUGACGGAGUGAUCAAGACCCCGAGGCUCCAAUGGACGACGGCUGAAGCAGAGUAUGCUCAUCUAGCUUCCCUCCGUGCUGAACAAGAUUCUGGUCCUCAAAGCUGCCACAUGGCCGCUACGGUCCGGUUCCGACCAGAUUGCUGCUACCUGCUAGUCGGAGGACUGGGGGGGCUCGGUCGGAUGAUCUCGGCCUGGAUGGUAGAGAAUGGGGCUCGGCACAUCAUUUUCUUUUCUCGCUCUGCGAAGGAAGGGCCUGAGACUACGCCAUUUUUUGACCGACUUCGUGCCCAAGGAUGUACGGUCACACCAUUUGUGGGCAGUGUCACAAAUCUGCCAGAUGUUGAAGAAGCUAUCAAGCAAGCGACGGCUCCAGUCGCUGGCGUUAUUCAGAUGUCGGCUGUUAUGCGGGUACGUAUAUUUGCCUUUGAUCCUGAACCUUUGCUAACGGGUAUUGAAGGAUAA